AUGAAAAUGAUUAUGCUAGAAAAUAUGUGAUCAAAUAAUCACGUGCUUAUCGUCCUCUUCUGUGAGGGAAAGCAGCCGCUGACCUCGACUGAAAAUCUAAAAAGAGUCAAACUCCAUAUUUGCCAGUUGGUGAAGCCUCGUCGAAGAAUCACUCAAAAGCAGCUUUUGACGGCUGCAAUAAGAUUUCAGACCUUAGCUUUCGGAGACCAUGAAUUUAUUUAA